CCUUCCAGCUGUAAACGGGUCCCCUGUGAAAUUAUGAUCUUUAAGUGUUCAUGGGAUAUGGUGUAUUUGCAUUGUAAACAGUUCCAUUAUUUGUUCUUUUUUUUGUAAAUAAUACCAGUAUGUACUGUAAACCGCAUCUCUUUGUAGUUAAGAUGUUUAAUUGUUCCAUUUAUUUUCGCAUUGAGAUAACGAUUUUCGACUCAAGAUUGUUCCCUCAUUCCAUCACGUAAGGUGUGAAUAACGUAGUAAGUAAAUGAACGUUAGGUGAAACCAGGUGAUUGUGUCAGUUGAUAAUGCUAAUGGCGAGCUCGCAGGAUAGUCUUGGUGUAUUGGAUCAGAGUAUCCCGCUGUGGAAGCGAGAGCUUAUCUUACGUCGUCGUGCCAUCAGUCGCACUCUGGUAGCAAAUAGCGCAGUCAAGCUUGCCUGCCCAAGCCAGACUACAGUCAGUCCGGAGACGUCAGCAACAGCUGUUGAAAAGCCGCAGCGCAGCAAUUCGACCGGGUUAGCCUCAAACAAGGAUCCACUGGACCAAGACGAAGCGGACUUUCACCCCAGAGGGCGCGGACGACGCCAAGACUCGUCUUCUCCGUCAACUGCUCCUUCGUCCGCAGUUUCAAGUAACAUGCGGCUGGUUGAGGUGGAAGAAACGGGUUCGGGCCUAUUGCUUAACGGCGUCGGUGUUGGCGUGGAGAGAAAUGGGUCCAUUUUAGCGUGUUCUGUGAAAUACCGUUCUAGGAUGGUGGAAGAAAGGACAUCUAAGAAAUCUAGUGCUUCAUCGAGAACAAAAAUGGAUAAUAGCUUAGUGCAACUAGGGAAGCUUCGUGCUGGCAAAAACAAUAACUACGAUCAUGCCGUCAACGAAGAUUGCAACUCGGAUUCCAGUGAAGAACUGCAGUAUGGGCCCGGCAUAGUUAACAGAUUGAGAAGUAAGUAUUUGAGCCUAGCUUUACGGGAAACCCAAAACCGACCUUCUCUGUCCAACAUCAGGCGGUAUUCCAGCCUGGAAAAUAUCCUGGACAACGAUCUGGAGACGGGAAAACCGCAGAUAAGAAAUCAGCUUGCAACCAAGAAAGCGGACGCUGGCAUGAGGACAGAGCAGAGGUUCAGAACGUUUAACCGUAGCAGUAGAGAAUCCAUGAAAAGGGCUCGUUCCGUGGAGACGUUACACAGGUACGACUCUAGGUUCAAUAAUAUUUCAAACGAUGGUUUAGAUGUUACAGUUGGCUUUCCUUCACGUGUCCAAGCAGGUCCUCAAGAUGUAAACAAGAACAGGCCUGUUAGUAUGAUAAAUCCUUUGGUCAAUGAGGAACUGAUUAUUAUAGAGAACAAGCAGAAAAUGGAGCCAAAGAAACAUGAAAGCAAACCGCCUACCAAGGAAAAAGCUCCACCGGCCCCUCGGAAGUCUAGAACCCUUACGGUGCCAGCGGAGAAAGAACUGCCGCCACCUGAUGCUGUUAAACAGAAACUUAAGAUAUUUGAAAGUACUCAGGUGCCUGUCAGGUCAUCAAAAACAUUUAACGUAAAUAAAGUUAAUUCAUCUAACAAUAUAAAUUCUGUUUCUGGUUUAAAGGCUCCAAAGGCAAAUUUUUCACAUGCUGCUAUUCCCAAACCAGCUUUAUCACCCAAACCUAACGUAGUGGAAAAGAUUCCGUUUCCUGCACCCACUAGUCCAGUUUCACUAAGAAAAGUGGCUUUAGUGGAUGAAUGCAUUAGCAGUGUGACAUCUCCUUCACACAUGUCCAGACCCAACAUGUUGCACAUAGAACCUGACUCUUCUCCAACCUCUCCCAAUUUGAGUCCUGCCUCAGGUCGCAAGCUCAAGUCGCCAUCCCCAGUUCCUACAGGCCGGUCAUCCCACAAGCAGGUGGUGACAGACGGUGUCCCUACCCCUUCGCUGCAGUCAAGGCUGACGAAUGGAGACGCUCCUGUCAAGGAUUCCAGUUCCGAAGGCGAAGACACCUGCGAGGUGGUGGUGAAAGUUUCCCAGGCGGCUCUGGAGAACAUCAGAAAGGACGGUGCAAGCACAAGUUUCAGUUUCCACAGUGCUGGUGACAAACCCAAGUCCCACCUCCCGAGUGCUAGGACGGCAGUGAGCAAGCCUCGGGCCCCCUCGCCUGUGCCCCGAACCCCCUCGCCUGUGCCCCGAACCCCCUCGCCUGUGCCCCGGGCCCUCUCGCUGGUGCCACCGACCCCCCCUCUGGUGCCUCGAACCCCCUCGCCUGUGCCUCGGGCCCCCUCGCCGGUGCUUGCGCCCAGUCCGAUAGAGCCUCGGGGGAGGCAGGUGGGUGUGAUACGGCCCAUCCUCACCGGCCAGCCCCGGGAGGUGGAGCAGAAUCUGGAACAAACGACAAAGAAGGCUGGCAGUGAUGUGUCUAGCGAGGCAAAAGCCCUGGGGCUGUGGGACAAGAAGAAGCCUUGGAACCAGCAGCAGAACACUGUGGUAUUUAACUUCAGCGGCAGGAAGGAUCCGGUGCCGGACUACAUCGAAAAUGAUGGCAUCAUCCUGCGCAGCAAGCGUUACAAACCCAAGGCGGGUGAGGCGGGCGUGGUGCUACUGGGCGCGAGUGCGGACGAGUCGAGUGACUGGGAUGCCGAGGAGCAGCGAGGACCGCCUUCGCCCUGCGACGUCGUGUUCGAGGGCGGCGAUGUGCUCAUCAACGGCCGCUCCAGCCUGGCUCGCCACCCACGGCGGCCGCGCCUCCACCAGUUGCGUAUUACGUUCAGCGAAGUUCUGACGUCCACAUUCGAGUACCCGUCGGAGGCGUCGCUGCUAGAGGAGCAGACUGUCCCUCCCCUCGCCCCAAGUCUGCCCAGCGCCCCCAGCAUGCCGAGUGGUGGCAGUAGUCUCGCUAGUUACACCCCCAGCAAGGCGCAGCUGGGCUCCGAGGACUUCCAGCUGGGCAUCACGAGGACGGCUCCAGUGGCAGUGACAGUGCCGGCGGCUCCAGUCUUGGACGCCAGGGAGCUGGACGCAGAGGAGACGUACCUCACGCCGGCACAGGACGCAGACACCGUGGCCUGGAGCGCAGAGACAGCUGCCGACCUGCUCUUCUGAGUUUCAAGUAUCAUUUCCAUCGGGACCGUUGUCAAGGAAAUGAAAGACUGAAACAUUGCAUUCCUCGUUUUCAUAGAAGAAAAAUUUCACCUUUUUUGUGAGGUUUUGUCAAGGUUUUAUUAGUACUAGCAAAAUAAAAUCAUUUGCAGAAUGCUACUGAAGUUCGAAGUUCGAGUAUAGUCCAGUUACGUCAAUUACGUUAUUUAGUGCAUUUUAUACUGACGAUUUUACUGCAACUGCAUUUUGAUAUUUGUGUACUUAUUUGAAAUGAGGGAAAUUGCUAACAAAAAUGGCUGUUAUGUACUUGAACAAAGGUAAUAGUUCGAUUUUGUAAUCUUACAUGAAAUUUCUUAUGUUAUCUACGAGAUACUCUCUCCUGUAAGGUCACUAAUACUAAACAAAAAUCACUGUGGUAACAAAACUUUUUUUAUGUAUUGUUUAACUAGUAUUACAUGUUUGUAUUUUAAUAGUAGAUAAUGGGUUGUAUGCAUAUAUGUUGAUGCAUGACUGGUUAACAACUAAUUUUUCUUAGAAGUGUAAUGAGCUUUCAUUUAAAAGACAUGAUAAUAUGUUAAGUACGUAACUUGAAAAUGUGUGUUAAUAUUCUUUGAAAACUGCUUACAAAAUAAUUUUCAGGGUUAUUUUUCUUGUGUGAAGUUACCAUUAAGUUUUAUAAGCCAUACAUGUUUUCAAGUAUGGCAGUUUUGUGGGCUGAUUUUAGUCUGAGGAAAUUGUAAAUUGUAGUAUAUUUAUUUGUUUGGGUGUUUUUUGAAGUUGGGAGACUUCGCUUACUUUUUUUUUUGUAUAAAAUAAACUGUUUGUUGACAGGAGUCAGUGUGCCGGCAUUCAUACAGAAUUCAUAAUUAAUGGCUAAAAUAUUUAUUCUUCGUUGUGUUAAAAUUUUGUAAUUUUUCAUUCAUCUACUCUAUGAAAUGAAUUUGCAUAGUUAACACAAAUGAAUAUUCUUGUUUUGGAAUGUGACGGGACAUUUACAGAGCAAGUUUCUGAUGCGGAGACACAGUGCGAGAAUAACAGUGACUGAGGUCAUGUUGUUGUAAACAUUUUCGCUCACCAUUUCCUCUCUACUGUGUUUUAUCAACACUGGUUUGUUUAAACAUUGCAUUGUUUUUUUCAAUCCCACCCUGUUCUUAAAUGAUAUUUAUAUUUUAUAGUAAUUGGUCAGAGGCUACUCUGCUCAUUUGAUUAGGUUAUUUGAAUUAGUUUGCAUGCAAGGUUAAUUUAUUUUGAAAAACUUGUAUAAACUGAAUGUUAAUCUAAAUGUAGAGUUUUUAUAUAUGUAUUGUUGUGUCAAAUAUAUUAAAACCAAAGACAUUACAAAAGUGUUACUAAAGUAAAUAUGUUUUUGUAAAGGAUACAGGUAUGGUGUACAUCCAAAUUGUUAGUUAUCACAAUAUACCCUUUAUUCAUUAUUGAAUUGUCGUUAUGCUUUUAAUGUGAUAAUUAUUAAUGUCUUUACAUUGGUUUGAUUUUCUUUAUUGAUGGUAAAAUUAAUAUUAACACUUUGAAAAUGCCUUGAAGACUUUAAAUGUUAUUAAUUCACUUGGUAUUUACAUACAAAUGGAUAAAAAAUGUUUUGAUACGUGCUAUUUGAUCUUGUAGUAUAUUAUAGUGUGCAGUAUAUAAUAUCUUAACUCAUUGAUGUGGCUUUUCGGUUUUUAAGUAAGAUGGUUAACACUUUGAUUUCUCUGAAACCAUAAUGUCAUAUGGCAUUUUGAUGGUGUGCUAAGAAGUUCCUGUUUUUGAACAGAAUAAGCCACUUAUUAGCAGAAACUAUUUACUGUGUUUUGUUAGAAAUGGUUGGCCUUCGAAGUAGCAGGAACACGAAAUUCAGGAACAUUGUGUAACCAUGCGAUACUGCUGCAAUGGGGUACUUGGGCAAAAUUUCAGAAAUUUGUAGAUCCGAUCCACCAGUGGUAAUGACUUUGGUACACACUUAUGCUUGCAUAUUUCUGAAGACCGGGUUGAAUUUUUGUUGACAUUUAUUCAAAAUUAUUUCAUCUGAAUUCAAUUCAUUUUGCUGUAUUAUAUUAUUUUAUUUUCAAAAAAAAAAGUAUAUUUGUUCAAAUUAAAUGUCCUUGGUACAAAAAUGCCUUAAAUAUUACUCUUGGACUAUGAUUUCUCAAGUCCCACUAGAUUUUUCAAACAAUAAGAAUAAAUUUUUAAUUUAUAUUCGGGAAAACACAGAAAAAGAUCACACAAAAAAUAAUUAAACUGCAUGUAAGUGGAAAAUUAUUGUAAUUUUAAUGCUACUAGUUGAUUAUGAUUUACUCUUAAGUGUAAAUAUUCAAUGUUUAUUUAUGUGUUUGUGUUGUGUUGCACAGUCGCUACACCAGCUGAAGUCAUGGCCGGGUGGGAUUAGUGGAUGUUUACAAGUCUGUGAAAACAUCUAGUUGUAAGAGCUUCACAAAAGCACUUGUGUAAACUUGUAAUUGCAAACAAAUUUUAUUAAGUUUAUAAGUGUUUUACUUUCAGGAUACUAAAAAACCAAUGUUAUUGACAAUAGCAUAUAAACUUGUUGGUGACACUUGUGUACUAUUAAUUUUCAUUUACAUUUUAAGUUUACGAAUAAUUCUAUAUUUGAAAGAUGUUAUGAUCUAGUUAUUCCCCUACUGAGUUAAAAUAAAAUAAAAUACACAUGAAGAAGAAUCAUAAAACAAAUUUAUGCAGCAACCAAAAUAAUAAUAACUGUUACCAAUAUAUUAAUUACAUAAGGUUAUCUAGCCAAAACUUGUUAGUUAAAGUAUGGUUAUGUUGCAAAAUCUUGUUUUUUACAAGUAUACCAACUACUUGUCACACACAACUUACUUGUGACAACUUUAGAAUAUUUAUGUGAAAUUCCGGAUGUAACACUUUGUGAUUACAAUUGUUAAUAACAAGACUGCUUCCUAUGUGAAAUGAACCCAUACUUCUAGUGUAUAUUAUCUAUUAUGUGAACUGGUGGUUAUGGCAUUGGGAUAGAGGCAGUGCUAUUUGCAUAUGAUUUGGUGGAUUGGGAGGUUGAUACAAGUACAACUAGAUAAGUGCUGAUUGGAACAAGAUAUGUGGUGAAUUGCGAUAAAACCAAAAUAAUACCGCAAAGCUUGUAAAUUCAACACAUAAAACCGAAAUGUAAGUUAAUACUACCAUUUAUCACCAAAAUGUAACUAAAAACAUGAAUUCAAUCUGCAAUUUGAGAAAACUUAUACCACAAAAAUGUUAUCUUUUGCUAUAGUAAAUUCAUUGAAUUUAAUUAUUUAGUAUGACUUUUGUACCAAAAUUGUAUAAACUAAAUGCAUAAACUAAUUAAUAUGUUAUUUGAUCUUGCAUCUCUUAUUAGUUACAUCUCUUACAUUUUAAUCACAUUGGCUCAUUUUUCAAACACUCAAAAAUAUGCUGAUUUAUUUUUCUCAGUUCUUUUCUAGACAUGCUUAUUAUAAAUAAUUUUAUUGUACAAGUGCAAUAUGUGUCAGUCAAAAUGAUGAAUGAGAUAAGUAUUGAAAAGUAUUUUAGUUUCAUAUUUAUUAAAUAAUACACCUUUUUUAUGAAUAAACCCAAUGUAUAAAAAUAAAACCAUAAAAUCUUGUCCCUAACUAUGAAUUUAAGCAGUUACAAGAAUGAUGUGGAGAUGAAACAAGUGAAUAGCUUUUAAAAAAAAUAAGACUCUUAAGAUAAAAGAAUAGGCCUUAAAAUACUUAAGAUAUUAUAGCCAGUAGUUAAAUUUGUGUUUGCCAACAUUAUUGAACUGUAGUAAAUGUUUGCCUACUUGCUGUAAUAAUCAGCUUUCUGUUCCUCUGUACAAGUGCACAUGCACACAAUUGGGACUGGCAAUUGAAGCAACAGGGAAUCCUCGGGCAACUUGAACCAAUAAUGUACAGUCACUUGCCUAUAAUCACAUCACCUCUGAUGUUUUACAACUGUUUGGACUUGUGGAAAUGGUGUUGGUGCUGUGUCCAGUAGAACAGUGCAGUCUCGUUUCAUUUGUUGCAGUGACGAGUUGGAGAGCCGUUGUCGGGUAGCAUCUUGUUUGGUAAACUGCUGUCAAGCUGUACUGCAUCACACUCUUAUCUUCUUCACUCUCUGUCUUCUUUGCCCAAAGAGAAAUGUUUAAAACAAAUGGAUGAAGAUAAGAUGGUGAUGUGAUGAUGUAUGAUGCUAUACUACUCAAGUUUGGCUUAGAUCAUAGCAGCUUUAUUCAAUCAUCAUAUGAGGAGUAGUGAGUGAUAAGUGUUGCAUUGUAUUUGUGUAGAGCCAUCGUAAUGUUUUAACAUUGCUUUGAUGCAGGGAUCAUUCUCACAAACAGAGCAAAUUCAUUUUGAGUAGGCAUGUAAAUUUGGACAUUAUUUUAACACUGGUAGGAUUUUGUAUCUACUUAUUUGCAAUACAACUAAAAGUUGAAUUACAUAUGGCUAUUUAUGACAGGAAUUAAAUUUUCAGCAUUCUUAGAUAGUAUUUUUUAGCCUGCCUCCGUGGUCCAGUGCUUCAGAUGUGAGAAUCUUUGUUCUGUUGCAUAGUGGUAAUCUUCAGUAAAGUUUUCAAGUCUCCGCACACUUUAAAUUGAUUCCUCUCGAUCCUCUACCCUGCUCUUUCUCACAUUUUCAUUUACUUCAAUCCCACCACGAAGUAGGUUUAUUAUUCCUAUUGUCAGGUACAAUCAUUAUUAAUGCAUAUUUGCUUAACACUUAAUUUCAGUCAAUCUAUUUUAUAGUUAGUUACUGUCCUUGUCCCCAUGUGCCUUGGUGGAUACACGGGCUGUACAAUCGACGCAUAUAGGGAAGGGGAUGCUAGUGGUUGCUGGCCCCGUCUUUUAGUCACUUGUCACAUGUUGACACAGAUGUAAGUUACAGCCCCGCAGUACGUCACCUUCAUCACAGCCCAACUCGGAGAUUGCUGAAACUCUUUACAAUUGGGUGCCUACACUUUGGAUACGCAGCCGGUGGUGGAAGGGAGGUAGCAUCGUGACCCUGAAGAACCUUGCAUAGCUUGCCCUCUCUGUAGGGGUCACUGUCCUUGAACAUAAUUUACUUAUCUCUUAAUUAAAUCAAUAGUAGUAAACAUUUAAAACUUUUUUUUUUUUUAACUUUAAGGUUGCAGAAACUAACAUGAUUAGUUACAGUGAAACAUCAUCAAUAAAAACCCUGUUCAUACAAAACUCUCAUUAAUAUAAAGUGUUUUCACAGUCCCUAGAAAUUACUUAACAGUUAUAGUGCUAAGUAAUUUAAUACAAGAGUAUGGUUAGUACAAAAUCCUAUAUAGUUAAAAUAAUACUGAUGCCCUUUCUUUGGUUUAGUGUAGGUUGGAGAAAAAAGCAAAGAAAUUACAUAUGCUUUCAGAAUUAUGGUAAGUCCUUUUGUUGGUAGUUUCUAAACCUUUGCUCUUAAAAUUAUGUUUUACAAUCCCUAAAAAAAAGUACAUUUGGUGCUAUAUAAAAUUGUGUGCAAGUUUCAAUGCAGCAUAAUUUUUUUUUUUAGGUGUGUUAUGCAUUUACUAAACAAGGAAAAUAUUUUAAACUUUUUUUAAGAAAUUAUAUAAAAAUUGUGAUUAAAUUUUGUAAUAGUAUGGUUAAUACAAACCUUGUUUUUGCAAAGUGACAAAAUUAUGGUUCCUUCAAGUUUUUAUUAUUGAGGUUUGGCAGUAUACAUUUUUGUUAACAUUUACAAAUAUACAAUGCCGAAAUGUGCAGCUACAAGUUCAUAAACAUAGAAAGUUGCAUAUCAUCUGGUGACUACAUCAUAGCAUCUCCCAUUCUUCCAGCGUACUAUCUUUUCCCAGAGGAAUAGUUGCCAUCUGCCAUGUUGUAUGCAAGGAAACUUAACACAUUUAGUUGCAGGGUGUCUACCGACCGGGAAAAACGGGAAAAACGGGAAAAACGGGAAUUGUACAGGAAUUAUACUGCCCGGGAAAAAUACGGGGAUUGUGCGGGAAUUUAUCCGGAUGUCCGGGAACUUUUGACUUUUCCCCGCCCGUCAACAACAUUUAUAUAUUAAUAUUAAAAAGCGAAGAUUUUACUGCAACACAAUCGUGAAUCGUGUGAUUAUUGCUUCUCUACAAUAUACUGGUGCUUUAUUGCAGUGCUGAAUGCAGACGAUGGGAUCAACCUACACAAGUUGCCGCGUAAUCGUGAUAACCACUUGCAUAAGGCGCGUGGACUCGCCCAGUUUUUUUUUGUUACUGUGGUCGUUCGUUAAUGGUCGUUCCCGCUCAUGCUUAAAUUUUAAUCCAGUUUAUUUCUGCGUGUUGUAUAGUGUGGUUAUUGUAAAGUUCGUCCGGUUGGUAAGUAAUAAUAAUAAAAUGCAUCUUUGUGUGUGUGCAGAAGUUAUUUGUGAUAAAUCUUUUUAUUAAAAAAUUGUUUUCGUUUCGUGAACAUCGGAAGAAAGUAGACAACAUACCUGUAAAAUAUAUCGUAUUUGCCGGUGUAUAAUGCAAGAAUUUUAUCCUGAUUUCAGUGGUCACGAAUCAAAAAUCAUAUUAUAUGCCGUGUCGUAUUAUUUUUUGUAUACAAGCGACCAUUAUCACGUGUGUAUAAAAAUUAAGCGCGUAUGACAAAGUUAAUUGCGCCGGCCAGCGACAGCUGCAAGCCAGUCUUGCUCUGUGUGAGUAUACAUCCACCCCUCGAAGUAACGCUGCUCGAUUAGCGCCAAUUAAACAGGGCUCUUUUUGAAGUAGCGUUCUUUUUCGUCCACAAAAUUUUUUAAUUUACACGCGCGCAUAAUGGCAACGGCACUCUUGUAUCAAACACAAUGCAACAUAAUAAAUCUCAGCACUUUUAUAUUUUUAAUAAAAAAACGAAUUAAAAAAAACUUUUAAGUUUUCACUUUUCCGUAAUAGUUAUUCAAUUUUUGAUGCCUGUUUUCUUAUGUCUAGUUAAAAGUUUUACAAGCAAUAAAAUUACGUUAAUAUAUUCGUGGAUCGUGUUUAUACAGCCAUGUUUAUGCUACUACUUCCAUCUGGCGAGAAAGGUCAGAAGCUUUCGAGGUCAGUUAAUCUCAUUCAUGCCAGGUUGCGCUAGUUGAAGUGUACAGCACAUUACGUUUCCAGAAAAAAAAAACUUUUUGACGUGACAACGUCUAAUAAAUCGAUGAACGCCGGCUGCACGCACAUUGUUCCGUUACGCUGUGUCCCGUUACGCUCAUUGUACGCUUGCGCCGCAUCUAUCUCUCUUCCACUCGACUGUUUAUAAAGUGAAGUGAAAAGUUAUUAUUCCUUUAUUAUUAAAAUAAAAAUUAUUCAAUUUUAUUCAUUAAAGUAUGCAAUCAUUUCAUCAAUGUUUUGUUAUGACGUCACGUUAAACUAUCGUCCGUAAACCGACUUUACCGACAACCAAUUUUUAAACAGGAUAAAUUUGGAGUAUGGUACAGUAUACAUACAUAUUUCAAAGGCGGUAAAACCAAUUAUUUUGUUUAACAUGCUCUCUUUUAUGUUAAAAACGUAUUUGAUUAGCGCUGUUUUGAUUAGUGCUCCAUUUUUCUUUGGAUGAAUUACCGUGUUACUUCGAGGGGCGGGUGUACUGUACUCUGUUGGACAGGAACUUGGUUGGCAAAAUUUGCAUUUGGCAAGUGGCAUAUCGCGCGCAAUGUCAUGCGAGUCACAUGCAUCAUUCUAAAACAGCGCUGCUGCCACGAUUGUUUUGGGUGCGUGUAGUUUAUUUAUUUAUUUUCAUCCAUUUGACCAUACAGACAUUUGUACAAAUGGUAUAGGACACGUCAACAAAUAUAAGUUAAUACACAAACAGUAUAAGUUAAAUAUACCAAAAAUACAGACAUGGGAAACAAAAAUAACAACAAAACUAGUACAGGUAGCUAUAUAUACAGCCUCUAAAGAUAAAAGUCCAAAAUUUGACAGUUGCCAUGUGGCAAAGUUUGGCUGCAGUGCAAAGUAACCUAGAAUGAGCUAAAUUUUAUCAACAUAAAGUUCGGACUAACUUUUCUGUGACAAAUUUUCUUGAAAUCCAAGUUUUUGGUAAAAAUAAUUUUUGUGAACAUAUUUUUGUACAAUUUUUUUUAACAUUGCUAUUAUUCUAAUUAGUGAUAGUGUAAGCUGUAAAUGUACAUGAACUUUUUUAUUAGUGUACGGGAAUGUACGGGAAUUGUACAGGAAUUCUGUGACCAAACAUGGGUAGACACCCUGAGUUAAUUCAAACUAUCCUUUGUAAUUUUGUGUUCUUACUUCAACUAACCUAUGCACAUGACUUUUCUGCUGUGUCCUUGGGUUGUAAGUUUUCCACUAUUUGCAGUCACCAUGAGAGAUAUUCUCUGAAUUGACAGAAUACAAGCAAGCUGAAAAUAAACGCAAGUGCAGGUGUGAAUGCUAGCAGAUUUAGUCUGGAGUGCUUCUGUUUCUUUCAGCUCACAGAAAUUAAGAUACUACAUAUAUUGUGAUUUGUAUAAUAUUUAACUACUUUAGAUGUUCUGAACUAUAGUAUAUGCUAAAAAACUGUGUACUAUGUAAUUCCAGAUGGUAUAGUAGAAUAACUAGCAUUGUAUUUGUAUGAUACUGAGCUUACCUAAGCAUUUAUACAUUAGCAUGUGGUAUUUCUCUUGUGAAAACAUUUGCCUAUUAUAAUAAAGCAAGAUGUGAUGACUAAAACUUCCAUACAUGUUUACUGUGAUACUUGCUAUUGUAAUUUUAUGCUCAACCAAUUACAUUGGACCAAUGAACACUACUUAGUCCAUGUGACAAUUGUAUUGGUAUAGUUACAGCAUUCCAUUUAAAUACAGCAUUAUAUUAUAAAUUCAAUAAAAAAUUAAUUAUACUGUUUUACAAAUAUUUGUUUGCUUAUUUUUUGAUUUUUUCAAACAAUUAUUUUUACUAUGCUUUUAAUAAAUGCUAUUUGUAAACUUACCAAUUUGUAUAUUGUGUAUAUAAUGUUUAAUUUGUAAUAAGUUCAGAUUGUAACUACUGUUUUUGUUCUUGUAAGCCAUAUUUAAUAAUAAAUACUAAGAAUUAA